GGAUGACAUGAAGAUAAAUUAACACAGAGAGAGAAAGAGAGAGAGAGAGAGAGAGAUGGAAGAAGAUAAAGGUACAGUUUGUGUAACAGGAGGAACGGGGUAUGUAGCAUCGUGGCUGAUCAUGAGGCUUCUUCAGCAUGGUUAUUCCGUCCGAGCCACAGUUAGAUCCGACCCAGCAAAUUGCAAGAAAGACAUCAGCUACCUCACAAAUUUACCAGAAGCCUCAAAAAAGCUCCAAUUUUUCCAUGCUGAUCUCAACAAACCAGACAGUUUCAACACAGCCAUUGGAGGAUGCAUUGGAGUCUUUCAUCUUGCCCAUCCCAUGGAUGUUGAUGGCAAAGAGCCGGAGGAAGCUGUGACCAAACGGGCUGUGGAAGGAACUCUAGGAAUCUUGAGGGCAUGCCUGAAUUCGAAGAGAUCAGUGAAAAGAGUGAUAUACAUCUCCAGUGCAGCCACAAUAUUGUACAACAACAAAGGUCUAAGUGUGACAGAUGAAAGUACAUGGAGUGACCUUGAUAUUUGUAGAAGUAGCAAGCUUGUAAAUCCUUCUUACCUGCUUUCCAAGACCAUAACCGAGAGGGCAGCACUAGAGUUUGCGGCAAAAAAUGGAUUGGAUCUUAUAACAUUGGUUCUUCCCCUAGUUGUUGGAUCCUUCAUAUGUCCUACUACUCCCUCCUCGGUGUCUUUGGCACUUGCAAUGAUCUUGGGUGAAGAGGACCAUUAUGAAUAUCUUAUGCACUCAUUUAUGGUGCACAUAGAUGAUGUGGCUAGUGCACAAAUCUUCCUUCUUGAAUAUCCUAAUGCACAAGGGAGAUAUAUUUGUUCCUCGGCCGAAAUGACAAUGCAUCAGAUGUAUGAAUUUCUUUUGGCAAGAUACCCGGAAUUUCAAUUACCAAAUAUGGAAGAUCACUUUAAAAAGUCUACAAGUUAUGGACAUUCAAGUCUCUCGUCGAUGAAGCUCUUAAGUACUGGGUUCAGGUUUAAGUAUGGCGUCCAAGAAAUGUUUGAUGGAGCUAUCCGGUGCUGCAAAGAAAAGGGUUUUCUUUAAUCCAUACAUCUUUGGCAAAAAGUUCUCGAGAAAACCAUGAUAAUUACAGUGAAAGGACAAAUGUUAACAGGACUAUCCAAUGAUUGCAUGUUCACAAGUGCUUGCCAUUUAAUCCAAUGUAAAUUAAGCUUUUAGUUGACUUCUAAUAAUUUUUUUUUUUUAGGAUCAAUCAAAAUUAAUUCCAUGCAUGUAUCAUGUAUG